AUGGUUUCUCCUCACGAUCAUGACAAACGGUCAGCAGUAUUGUUGACCAGUCGAUGGUUUUUCGCUAAAUCCGGAAAAGGAUCACCAAUUGCUAAGUUGGCAGUUACUGAUCUUUUUGAUGAACAGCCAUACUUGUCAGACUUUGUUGGUAGACUUGCUUUUACCCAUUUUGGCCAUAUUAAAGUGAAACCCAACCUUUUAGAAUUGGCAUUAGAUAAUUGGCCAGAGGAUAAGACAUAUUAUAUGAAAGCCCCACAAGGAAUGGCCACUGAAUUUGGUCUUCCAGAAUAUGUGAGGUUGAACCACGUUCAACAGGGCCCCGAUCUAAACUUAUGCCCGGUACAAUUUGGAGACAGUUUAGAGAAUCUGUUGAAGAGCAAAUAUAAAUGUCUCAUUAAAUCGGAGGAUGACGAAACACAUACUGCGCCAUUAGUUUUCACCGCUAUUGAUAAUCGGGGAGCUGUUAUUGACAAAAGCCCGCUUAUUCGUCAAUACAAUGAUUUAUUGGUCCCGUCAAACGAAACGAAAAAUGUUAGCAAGUUAUUGCGCAAAAUAUUCUCAAUUAAAGUAAAGGAACCAAAAGAUUUUCUUCAAUAUGAGUUAGAUUAUAAAGAUGUCAAUUCAUUUCGAGUGUCACAAAUUGGCAGACUCGAUAAAUUAUUUCGUCUGCUUAAACCUCAUGAUCUACAAUAUAUCAAGAAUAACAAGGUUAGAACCCUUCUAACUGAGAACUACCAAACAUUGCUUCAUAAUUCUGCGAAUCUGGUCCCCCUUGCAACCUGUUCCAAAGAUCUCCCACCCGAUUAUGUAAAAAAACUCCGGGGCAAAGUGAUGUCGAUAAAGGAGAUGCAGGUUUUGCUUCAGGAGCUUCAGAUUAUAGCUAACAAAACCAGGUUUGAUAUCCAGUUUGCUGUUUAUCUCCUCAGAAGAUUUUUCCGCAAUCCAACACCUUUGAUACACCAACAAAUCCUACAAGUCUUGACUUACCUUUGGAAUACCAAGCACAGCUACCUUGAUUACUAUUCUCAUUCGAAAAAGCAUACAAAAGAAUCAACUAAAAUCACCUUUUACACACACACUGUCCCUAUAGGGAAAAAAGGUGGUUACAUAAUUGGGUACCUUAUCCUUUUCAAUGGAAAAAUUAUUGACUCAAGAACUGACAUAACUAAAAGCCACGAAGGCAGACCCAUCAAACAUCAAUGGGUUGCUGAUUCGCUUGCAAUAACCAGAACUUUACAGAGAAUCGAUAUGAUGUAUCCUCAAAUUGACGCAAUGUCGUUCAGAAUAGAGCACAUCACUGGAUACCUGAGUAACGAAGGAGUAGUGGAUGAGAUAUACACUCAAAGGUGUUACAGGACCCCGAUGUUUAGACACCUUUCGCAUUACACUUUACUGGGCCAGCCGUUGGUUAUGGAGGUGAUAAAAGAGGCGGACAAUCCAGCAAGACUUUUGACAUCAAGAGUGGGUGCAAAAACAUCUGAAAGAAUCUUGACUUCAAAAGCAUUGAGUAGUGGUUUCAAAUUCUCAAGUAGUCCAGUGUCAUCUCCGUCUACUGGUAAAGGGGUCAUCCAGCAAGACUUUGAUAAGAAAUUCACUAGUAUUACCGAAACCCCACGUGCAAAAUUCCUCAUAAAAAUAAGAAACCUCCCAUCAAAGACCACAGAAGAUAUACAGACUGCAAUAAUACCAGAAUUUACAAUGCCGUUAUUACCUAAAGCUGAUAAGGGGAAUAUAUAUAAAAAAACAAGCAACACACUCACACGGUUUCUGUUUUACGUUAAAGCCGGUUAUUAUUAUCGAUGA